UUUUCCUGCAGUCAUGCUCUGGAGUCAUACACAGCUCUGCCCUACAACCAGAGGAGCCCCUGCCCCCCCAACCCCCUCAACCGCCCCGCCUACCAGGGCAGCAACCCCAUCAGUGAUGUCUGGUCCCGCCACGCCCUCAACGUGGUUGCCAAGUACAUGAAGCGAGCCGUGCGGGACCCUGAGGAUCUGGAGGCUCGGUCCAGCAUGCACCUGGCCAGCGUGUUCGCUGGCAUCGGCUUCGGAAACGCUGGAGUUCAUCUGUGUCAUGGGAUGUCGUAUCCGAUCGCUGGUAACGUGAAAACGCACUCAGCAAAGGGUUACAGCGUGGAGCACCCUCUGGUGCCUCAUGGUCUCUCAGUUGUCCUCACGUCUCCGGCUGUCUUCAACUUCACAGCACCGAUGUGUCCAGAGCGCCACCUGGAGGCCGCAGAGAUCCUUGGUGCAGAUGUCCGUCAGGUGAAGAGGGAGGAUGCAGGUGCCGUUCUGGCCGACACGCUGCGUCAGUUUCUGUUUGACCUGCGUGUGGAGGAUGGGCUGGGAGCAGUGGGAUACAGUAAAGACGACAUCCCGGCACUGGUCAAAGGGACCAUCCCUCAGGAGCGAGUCACCAAACUGUCUCCCAGAGAACACACCGAGGAGGACCUGAGCGAGCUGUUCGCCGCCUCCAUGAAGCUCUACUGACCUCUGACACACUUCCUGUCCUUGUGAGGACGUUUUAAACCGACACUCCGAUCGAUGGUCGCCGAUCGGAUCGAUGGUCGCCGAUCGGAUCGAUGGUCGCCGAUCAGACUGAUCUCAUGUCUGCUGUGCGCUGAGCUGCAGCUCCUCUAACAGCCACUAGCCGGCGCUGUUUCUCAGCCGCUCAGGGCAUCAAUCACUGCUUAUUGAUUUUAUAUUUACUCACAAAUCUUAAAUAAAACACAGUUUUACACGUCA